GAAAAUUUGAUCUUUUGCUUUGGAAAAUGCUUUUUCAAUACUUCUUCUUUUCAUAUUGAAUUUUUCAUUAGACCGUUUACAUUGCCGUACUUUUGUAAGUAUAAACCAUCUUUUGAAAUGUUGUCUAGGUCCAUAGUUAAUCGUCGAUUAACUAGCUCUAGCAUUUUAAAGGCUAGACAAUUCCAUAAGUCUUACCGUGCUUUGGAUGCUGUUGUUGUCUCUGGUACCAAGUUGGCUGGAAGUAUAAGAAGCCAGAUUGCCGAAAAAGUUGUCAAUUAUAACAAACAACACUUCAGUGAUUUAAUCGAAAAAGAUUAUUCUUUUGAAAAUUUGAAAUUCAAACCUAAUUUAACCAUUAUCCAAGUUGGAUCAAGACCUGAUUCUUCUGCCUAUGUGAGAUCCAAGUUGAAGGCUGCUCAAUCUUCGAAUAUUAAAUCAAAGUUAUUGAAAUUCGAUGAUUCUAUCACUGAAGAAGAAUUACUUGAAGAAAUCGAAAAAUUGAAUAUGGAUCCUAAAGUUAAUGGUCUUUUAAUUCAAUUACCUUUACCAAAGCAUAUUGAUGAAACUUUAGUCACCAAUUCGGUUUCAACAGAGAAAGAUGUCGAUGGGUUCGAUCGUUAUAACGUUGGUGAAUUAGCCAAAAGAGGUGGUAAACCCUUAUUUAAACCUUGUACUCCUAAUGGUAUCAUUGAAUUGAUCAAACAAACUGGUAUUCAAUUACGUGGUAAAAAUGCAGUUGUCAUUGGUAGAUCCGAUAUUGUCGGUACCCCAGUUGCUGCUAUGUUAAGAAAUGAAGAUUGUACUGUUACUAUUUGUCACCGUUAUACUUAUGAUUUACCAUAUGUUUUAAGUCAAGCUGAUGUUGUUGUUGCAGCAGUUGGUAUUCCAGAAUAUGUUAAAGCCGAUUGGAUUAAGGAAGACGCUGUCGUCAUUGACGUUGGUAUCAACUAUAAAGAAGACCCUUCUGCUAAAAAUGGUAGAAAACUAGUUGGUGAUGUAGACUAUACUCCCGUUGCUGAAAAAGCUGGUUUUAUCACUCCUGUUCCUGGUGGGGUUGGUCCAAUGACCGUAGCAAUGUUAUGCUCUAAUGUUUAUGAUGCUGCUGUUUUACAAGCCAGUAAAGCUCAUGAACACGCUUUCAAACCUUUACCUUUGGAAUUGAAAGAUCCUGUUCCUUCAGAUAUCGCAAUUUCUAGAGCCCAAAAACCAAAGAAAAUCACUAAAAUUGCUCAAGAAUUAGGUUUAAUCGAAAAUGAGUUAGAACCUUAUGGUCAUUAUAAAGCAAAAGUUGAUCCAAAAGCUGUUAUUGAUCGUUUAGAUGAACAAGUUGAAGGUUCUACCCAUGAAAAAGGUAAUUACAUUUUAGUUGCUGGUAUUACUCCAACUCCUUUAGGUGAAGGUAAAUCUACCACCACUAUGGGUUUAACUCAAGCUUUAGGUGCUCAUUUAGGUUACAACUCAAUUGCUAAUGUUAGACAACCCUCUAUGGGUCCAACCUUUGGUGUUAAAGGUGGUGCCGCAGGUGGUGGUUACGCUCAAGUAAUACCUAUGGAUGAAUUUAAUAUGCAUCUUACUGGUGACAUUCACGCUAUUUCUGCAGCUCAAAACUUAUUAUGUGCUGCUGUCGAUACAAGAAUGUUCCACGAAAAUACUUCUAAAACUAUUAAAGGUUUCUAUAAGAGAUUAGUUCCAGCUAAAAAAGGUGAAAGAUCUUUCACUCCUUCUAUGUUGGCCAGAUUGAAUAACUUAGGUAUUAAUAAAACUAAUCCAGAUGACUUGACUGAUGAGGAAAUUGUCAAAUUUGCCAAGUUGAACAUCGAUCCAGAAUCCAUCACCAUCAAGAGGGUCGUUGACUGUAACGAUAGAUUUGUUCGUGAAAUAACUCUCGGUCAAGGUAAGAAUGAAGCUUCUAAAUAUCCUCCACGUAAAUCUGGUAUGGAUAUCACUGUUGCUUCUGAAUUGAUGGCCAUUUUAGCAUUAUCAACCUCUUUGAAAGAUUUAAGAGAACGUGUUGGUAAACUUGUGGUUGGUACCCAAUUAGAAAGUGGUGAUGCAAUCACCGCUGAAGAUAUUGGUUGUGCUGGCGCCAUCACUGCUUUAUUAAAAGAUGCGGUUAAACCAAAUUUGAUGCAAACCUUAGAAGGUACUCCAGUUUUUGUUCAUGCUGGUCCAUUUGCCAAUAUUUCUAUUGGUGCUUCUUCAGUUAUCGCUGAUAAGUUAGCUUUGAAAUUGACUUCUCCAUCUAAUCCUAUCAAUAAUCAUAAAAAAGGUUUUGUCGUCACUGAAGCUGGUUUUGAUUUCACCAUGGGUGGUGAAAGAUUUUUCAAUAUCAAAUGUAGAGCUUCUGGUUAUAAACCUGAUACUGUUGUUUUAGUUGCUACCUCUCGUGCAUUGAAAUUACAUGGUGGUGCUCCAGAUGUUAAACCAGGUCAAGCCUUACCAAAUGAAUACACUAGUGAAAACUUGGAGUUUUUACAAAAGGGUUGUGCCAACUUAGCUAAACAAAUCGAAAAUGUCAAACAAUACGAUGUCCCGGUUGUUGUCGCCAUAAAUGCAUUCUCUACAGAUACUGAAAAUGAAAUAAAGCUCAUUCAAGAAGAAGCCCUUAAAGCUGGUGCUGAUUUUGCUGUUCCUUCUAACCAUUGGGCUGAAGGUGGUAAAGGUGCUUUACAAUUAGCCGAUGCUGUUGUUGAAGCUGUUAAGGUUGCUAAAUCUAAUGAACAAAAAUUUUUGUAUGAUGUUAAUGAUACUGUCGAAAAUAAAUUAUUGACUAUUGCAUCUAAAAUGUACGGUGCAUCUGCUAUUGAAUUAUCUCCAUUAGCUAAACAACAAAUCGAAACUUACACUAAACAAGGUUAUGACAAAUUACCCAUCUGCAUUGCUAAAACUCAAUACUCUUUGUCUCAUGAUCCUGCCUUAAAAGGUGUUCCAACUGGAUUCACUGUUCCUAUCAGAGAAGUCAGAUGUUCUGCCGGUGCUGGUUAUUUAUAUGCUUUAGCAGCUGAAAUCAUGACUAUUCCCGGUUUACCAACUCACGCUGGUUUCAUGAAUGUUGAAGUCAACGAUGACGGUGAAAUUGAAGGCUUAUUCUAAUCAAAAUUUUUGCAUAAACAUUUUUGAAUUAUUUCUCUACAACACUUAUAGAUCUCUAUUUUUAUCAUUUCUCUUAAAUAUUACCUUAUGUAUACUACAAUAUAGACUUGGAAGAAACAA